AUUUAACGAUUUUAACCAAAUAACAAAUACUAAACCGAGAUAAGAGUUGACCUUCGAUGUUUUUGUAAAAUGUUGAUAAUUUAAGAUAUUCUAAUUUUUUUCUGACAAUUUUUUUCCAUUAAAGUUGGCUUUAUUUUCAAUUUGCGUCAUAUUCCCGCCAUGCGCUUCACGUUUGCAGUUUCAUGCGCAACGAAUUACAACAAAUGUCAGGUAGGAGAAUGACGAACACGUAUAACAAGGUGACGAAGUGGCAAUAGCAAUACUGGCAAUGAUUUUGAGAAAAACAUCAAUGGUUUAAAUUGUCUGCGGUGUAUUUGUUACCUGAGUUGAGUGAAUGGAAUCCGUGAAAGAAUUUUUGAACGAUUAGUCACAGUUUUGAAUUAUUAGAAUACAAUAUUGACACCAUUGUUCUUGCAUAAAGUACACAUUACAUACAGCAAAUGCCAUUGGGCUACGGAAUCCCUGUGGUUGGAGAGCUGGUGCUAAGCAAAUUUCAGUCGAUGCAAUGAUACCAAUAUUUGCAGUCCCAACAUUGACAGUAAUAGCCGCGCAAACAGUGUUAUGUACUAUAAUUAUAUUUGUUGCAACACCAAUAUUGGUGUAUUACUUGCAUCACAACUUCCUUAGAUUUCUUCUACGUACCAAAUUUUUUUUAAUGUGGACAAUUACCAGUGUAGUUAUGUUGAUGCUGAUCUUUGAAAUUAGUGUUGUACCAUUACUAGAAAUUUUGCUAGAAGAGAAUCUAGUAUUUAUAAUGUGUGUUGUGGGUGGUAUAUGGUGCGGCUACAUGACUAGAUUAAAUGCAGAUUCUGCAACCCAAGAAGGUAGUUUAACUCAAGGUUUAGAGCUUGGCGAAGGAAGUGGAGAACUUUGUAUUACAUGUAGAAGAAGAGCACCUCCUAAAGCGCAUCAUUGUCGAAUGUGUCAGACAUGCAUCCUUAAUAGAGAAUAUCAUUGUAAAUGGUUGGAUUGUUGUAUAGGUUCAAGUAAUUUAAGAUGGUACUUGGGAUGUUUAUUCUUCUCAGCUAUAGCUUUUAUUUACGGUUCUAAUUUGACUAUGACUAGUGUAUGUCAUCCAUUUAUACUUAUUGGUACUGUUCUUUUACCAGAUGAUUGCAGUGACGUAUAUCAUCAAUUAGACAUUGCCCUUUGCUUCAUCUCUGCACUCUACAGCUUGCUUGUUGGGCUAGUGGUAGUUUGUUAUUUAAUAUAUCAUCUUUGGUUAAUUUACCUUGGUACAACAUCGAACGAACGACGUCUUCUGGAAGCUGGAAGUCCAUAUGACCAUGGAAUGUUAAAAAAUGUAUCUCGAUUAUUUUGUUGCAAAACUUAGUUACUUAAGGUUUACUUAAUAACUUAAGUUUUAUGUUGUAAAACAUUAAACUUACUUUGUAUGGAAGGUGAUACUUUGUACUAUGUAAAAGAUAUUAGAAAAAUUGAAACAAUUGAGGCCAAACAGCAGGCAUAGCAGUAUGUGAAAACACGCACUUUAAUAUUUAUUUCAUAAUGCAUUUUAUAAUACUUUAAUACUUAUUCUUGUUCUUUCUUUAUGAUAACAAGGUAUGUACUUAAUACUCUUAAGCUAUUGCUCAUAAUAUGAAACUUAAUAAAAACAUAUCAUGAUGUAAAAGCGCUGAUCUCAGUUAUAGUUUUAAUUAUUUUUAUUCUAUUAUUGCGCACAUCACUUAUAUAUUUAUUAUAACUGUGAUAAAAUGGCCAUUGUACUAAUUAGCACAAUAAAAUAUAUUACUCAAU